GAAUAAAUGUAGCCUAACUUCAAUUGGACUCCUCAUCAAUAAAAGCUGGAGAGGGCGCUGCAGUUAGACCUCCUCGCCGCUGGGUGGCGCCAGACAAGUAUAAAUAACGGCAGGAAAACACCGAGGAGGAAAGAGACAAGUUGAAAGGUUAAUGUGGAAGUUGCUCCUGCCCCUGGUCUUCCUGUGUGUGCUGCUGAUCACUGUCCUUGUCCUGCUGGUGCUGGCGGUGCGUUUUUGGCUGCAGAGCAACAGGAAUGCGAGGCGGGCGAGAGACGGCCGUCCCACGGUGGCCUUCUUUCACCCCUACUGUAAUGCCGGUGGUGGGGGAGAGAGGGUGCUCUGGUGUGCCAUUAGGGCACUGCAGAACAGGUAUGCAGACAUCAACUUUGUGGUGUACACAGGGGACCUGGGUGUGACGGGCCAGCAGAUUCUGGAGGGAGCGCGACGUCGCUUCAACAUCGUGCUCCCCCGGCCGGUUCACUUUGUGUUCCUGAGGCACCGGCUGCUUGUGGAGCCCGGCCUGUUUCCUCACUUCACCCUGCUUGGACAGAGUGUGGGCUCCAUUUUUCUGGGAUGGGAGGCGCUGACGGAGUUUGUCCCAGACCUUUAUAUCGACUCCAUGGGCUACGCCUUCACUCUGCCCUUGUUCCGUUACUUUGGAGGCUGUAGCGUGGGGAGCUAUGUUCACUAUCCCACCAUCAGCACUGACAUGCUCUCUGUAGUGAGAGAGAGGAACCCCAGGUUCAACAACCCAGACUACAUCUCCAACAAUCUGUUCCUGAGUGCCUUCAAGGUGGUCUACUACUGCCUGUUCGCCCUGCUCUACGGCAUGGCCGGCUCCUGCAGCGACCUCAUCAUGGUCAACUCCUCCUGGACCCUCGAUCACAUCCUGUCACUGUGGCGCGCUCCCAACCGCACCAGUGUGGUCUACCCGCCCUGCGACGUCAGCGCCUUCCUGGAUAUCCCGCUGGAAGACGACGGGGACAGGAAGUGCCACUCCAUCGUUUCCAUCGGGCAGUUCAGGCCUGAGAAGGACCACCGGCUGCAGAUCAGAGCUUUCAAGAAGGUUUUGGACAAGAGGAGGACGGGUGCCGGCGGCAGGGAGGCGCUGAAGCUGGUUCUGGUUGGUGGAUGCAGGAACCAGGAGGAUGAGGAUAGGGUGCUCAUGUUGAGGGGGCUGUGCCAGGAGCUUGGUGUAGCUGACAAGGUGGAGUUUAAACUGAACGUACCCUUUGAGGAGCUGAAGAGAGAGAUGGGGGAAGCCACCAUCGGACUGCACACCAUGUGGAACGAACACUUUGGAAUAGGUGUUGUGGAGUGUAUGGCAGCAGGGAAGGUCAUUCUGGCUCACAAGUCCGGCGGCCCCAAGCUGGACAUCGUGGUUCCUUUCGAGGGGGGCCAGACAGGCUUCCUGGCUGAUGACGAAGACAGUUACGCAGAGGAGAUACAGAGGAUCCUGGCUCUGCCCUCCGCCAGCCGGCUGCAGCUCAGACGCAACGCCCGUCAGUCGGUGGCUCGCUUCUCAGAUCAGGAGUUUGAGGCCUGCUUCCUCGCUGCCAUGGAGCCUCUGAUGGGAACUCUGGAACGAUGAGAAGACGGCUCGUAUCUUUAUGUGUUUGUGUGUAGUUUACUUUGAUGCACAUUUCCACUGUAGGACCGCUGACAAAAUCAGAAUUGAUGAAGAGAUGAAACAUAUGCUCACACAGAGAGCUGCUUGAAGUGGCCCACACAUGCUGAGACUGUGAACACGUUUGUUGGCUCACCAAUCAAAGCAGAGAGUAUCAGGGUUUGUCCUAAAAGCAGAAAGGAGGCAGCAUGCAUCAGAUUCAGAAAAACUAAAAGCUCACAACUCCCAAAAAUAGAUUGUUACCACAAACAAGUCUAUGUAAGGCCAUGUAUCAAAAAAAAAUAUUUUUAAGAUGACUACAAAUCAUCCAGCUUUGGUAUACUCGGAAAUUGUUUUGUGUAUACUUGAUUAUCCUGUGACAUGUGUUAUAGCUCUUGGUGUAUUUUUUACGGAAGUAAUUCCUUUGUCAGUAGUUCUUUUUGUUAAAGAGAUUAUAAAAAGAGUAUAUUAUUUAAUAUGGUGAUUAAAUGGUGUUAUGAAAAAUAUAAUCGAAUUAAAAAUUGUUUACAAGAGCUAUAAAUCUCUACAUUCCCAAAAUGUGAACUAUUUUUGAUAUUGAUGAUGAAUGUAAUAAACAUAUAAUGGGAGUAGAUGGUUGCUGUAUUCAUGUAACCGUUGGAAUCUAUCACUGUGCUUGUAAAUAAACUGCGAUCUGACUCAGAGGGAUGAAAAGAUACACCCAAGAACGUUUUGUAUUCUGCCCCGUUUGAUUUGGCAAAUGAUUAAAAUGGGCCUGAUGUUGAAACGAGCUGUGACAAGAGAGAGGUCAGUGAUCCGUCCGAAGGAAGGAGAACCCAAAAAAAGAGAUCAGCUGAACUGGGACAAAGAACAAAACAGCUUCAUGGUGGAAAAACAUUUCUCUCAUUUUUAUUGCUUCAUGUACGACUGGUUGUUUUAGAGGUGAUAUUAAGAUUUCACUCGGUAAUAUUUGUGCUGUUUGAAACUGACCAAUAACUUUCUGCUUGUGUAUUUUUAUUUUAUUUUUUAAAUAAUGCUGAGAGCUGCAACUGCUACUGCCCUGGUUCACCAACAGAAUAGAGGCAUUAAAAUCUGACUGCAUAUAUUCAUAACAACACCAAACUGUCUAAAUUUAGCUGUAAAUUACAGAUCAUUUACUCCACCCACAUAAUCAGUAACUCCUCUGUAACUAUUUAAGCCUGUUAAAAAGAAACGGAAUGGUUAUUUGAUAUACAGUAUUAGCCUUAAGCCUUUUAUUGACAAUUGGGUUGCAGUAAUGGAGGCCCCAUGUGACCUCAGUCGUAUAGAAGUGUCCUUUUCUUUUUGUUGGUGAAUCAUUUUCUGUAUUGAUUUACAGCUGUGCUCCCUGUACGCAUAUUAAACUAAUUUAAAUACUA